UGAUGACUCACCGCAGUUCAGCCCCCCUCACCAGUGCAGCCUUCCUCAGUGGUGGCCAGCAAGUCGCACUGGGCACCAUGACUGGACAAGUAUUUAUUCAUGAUCUGCGCAGUCUUCGCACACCCUUGGCUACCAUCUCGGCUCAUACAAAGGCUGUUACCAGUAUCAUUGUGCAGCCAGCAACGCGAACAGCAUCUGAAAGCAGUGCUGGUGGUGUGAAGAAGAACACUAGGCAGAAGAACAAUAUAGAAGCCCUAACAUCUCACAAAACAUCCAAAUCAUGCUCAGACCAGCCAUCUGAGGGGUCACAAGUGGAUGCAAGUGUCAGAAGAAAACCACUUUGGCUCCAGGAACUUCAGUGGAUCCUUCUCAUGAUGUGUUGUCACCUGAUGUUUUUUCUCCAAUCAGGUCCACAGAGAACCCGGUGAAGGUGAAUAUUGAACAAGUUAAGAAGUUUUCCUCCUUGGAACGACAUGGUUCAAGAGAUUCUCUUGGUAUGGAUGAUGUUUUAUCUCCAGUUCGGCCAAUAAUGCAUGCUCCAGAAGCAGUUGUUUCACCUCACACUUUAGUUGUAACAUCUCACAACCUAGAUGAUGAUAUCUUUUCUCCAGUAAGAGGAGCAUCAAGUAAUACAGGACUGCCAAAGAUUUCUGCUGGAAUAUUGGAAUCCUACAGAGGACAUGAUUGUGAAGAUGAUCUACUAUCUCCAAUCAGAUACAGAAGUAAUUUCAGGCAGCAGUCUGGUAGUACAGGAAUUGCAUCACCAAAUAUCCCCAGAUUACUACUAGUGAUGACUUAUUUGAAGAAUUACCCAUUCCUCAGAAUGAAAAUUCUAAAGACAAAGAAAAUGUCCAACCCUCAGAUGCAGGCAAACUAAACAAUAACGCAAAUG